AUGGUGAAGACUGUAGAUCCAAAGCCAGCACCUGGCGCCUAUGAUUCGCUCGCAGCGCAAUAUGCGAGAGCGAAAGCGCGCAAGGAAGCUCAGGAACAGGCACUUAGAGAGGGAAAGAAACUGGAUAAGGAUGGGAAUAUAAUACAACCUAAAGUACCCAAAGUACCCAGGAAGAAGGAUAAGAAGGAUGAGUUGAACGAGGCAAAGAGAGAUAAAUGGAGAAGGGAGUGGUGGGCAGUUGGAGGAUGGUGGGCUUGGCUGGCAGUUAUGCAUGCCGUGGGAAUCUAUUACUUCACAAAGGGCUUCUUACUCACACGACUAGUUUUGGAAGAAUCAUCUACCUGCGCCGAACCCCCAAUUGCGAGAACUGUUGAUUAUAAAGGAGCCGGUACACCGGAGGGAGGAUGUUGGCAUCCAAAGACAUUCGACAGGGCUGUGGUAGUAAUUGUGGAUGCGUUACGCUACGAUUUCACGGUACCGUUCGCGGGUGACGAUUCACAGGCCUUUCACAAUGCAUUACCAUUCUUGUACGAAACUGCGCGCAGAGAACCAAACAAGGCUUUCUUAUUGCCUUUUAUCGCGGAUCCACCUACAACUACAUUGCAAAGAUUAAAGGGGCUUACAACCGGAACACUUCCUACAUUUGUGGAUGCGGGUUCGAACUUUGCAGGUACCGCUAUUGAAGAGGAUAAUCUUUUGGGUCAAUUGAAGGAUGCUGGCAAGAAAAUUGUACAUCUGGGUGAUGAUACAUGGACCGCGCUGUUUCCUGGAUACUUUGAACCAAAUAUCAGUCGUGCAUAUGAUUCUCUCAAUGUUUGGGACUUGCACACGGUUGACAAUGGGGUUACAGAACAUAUUAUGCCGUUGCUCGCGAAAGAGAAGAAAGCUGAAUGGGACGUUAUGUUUGCCCACUACUUGGGUGUGGACCAUGCGGGCCACAGAUAUGGACCAAAUCAUCCGGCUAUGACGAGCAAGUUACAGCAAAUGGAUAUUAUGAUCCGAGGACUCGUGGAGAAGCUUGAUGAUGAUACUUUAUUGGUCAUCAUGGGCGACCAUGGCAUGGAUGGUAAAGGUGAUCAUGGUGGAGAGAGCGACGAUGAAGUCGAAGCUGCAUUGUGGAUGUAUUCUAAGAAAGGAAUAUUCGGUCGCACAGAUCCAGCUUUUGCAUCACCUCCACAAAACGCAAAGACACGACCAGUCAAUCAAAUCGACUUGGUACCUACACUUGCACUGCUUUUAGGUUUGCCAAUUCCUUUCAAUAACCUCGGAAAGCCUAUCGAAGAAGCUUUUGCAGGCAAGAAAGGUAAUGCCUGGGAAAAUUUGGCAAAUGUGGCUAGAAUGACAGCUGCUGGAAUCAAGAGAUACCAAGCUGCUUACUUUGACGCCAGGGGUAUCGAUGAGAGCACAAUUGAUGGUUCUCCAUCUGCUCUUUGGUUGUCAGCUGAAAAAAUCCAGGGUUCCAAAUCAGCUCAAAAGUCUACCGAAGUUUAUCAUGCAUUUUCUGCCUAUCAGACAGAGACUUUACGAAUUUGUCGAGAUCUCUGGGCGCGAUUCGAUGUUCCUAGUAUGAUUUUGGGUAUUUGCAUUCUUGCUGCUAGCGUAUUAGCUUUGGUAUUGUAUGCCAAUGGUAAUGCUAGUGAUGGUAAUGAACCUGAAUCAGCAGAUCUUGACGAAGCUCAAGCCAAAUUGGAACUCGAAGCUUAUGCAAAGGGCGAGAGAGAUAUUGGAGAUGAGGAAAUUAAUCCAAACUUACUUUUGUCGAUUUCUCUGGCCUCUGCUGUUGGUGCUGCCGUAGGAUUGGCUCUCUGGACAAUGAAAGCUACCAUUUUGGAAGAUGUCAUCGAGGGACAAGUUAUUGAGUUGAGUCUAAAUGGUGCUGUCAUUGGUGGACUCAUUGGAGCUCUCCUGUCAUUGAUGAAUAUUGGUAAUCCCUUCCCCAAAACAUUCUGGGGUUGGAUGGCAACUGUCUUCACAAUCAGUCAGUCUAUUGGCUUUGCAUCGAAUUCCUAUACUAUCUGGGAAGACUCCAUCUUGUUGUUUUUCAUUACAACUUUCGGAGUAGCUGGUGUUGUUUCUUCGCUUAGACAAUCGGAAGUACGCAGUCGCACUUUGGGAGUGUAUCACUCUCUUGUGUUUAUGGGUCUUGCUUGGGUUGCUUCGUACUCCAAGUUGUGCAGAGAAGAACAGAUGCCUUACUGUAGAUCUACUUACUAUGCCUCUGCCACAUCGUCAACUUCUGCUCCUUGGCAAUUACUCAUUCCAUUCUUUUUCGCAAUCUCCUUACCUGCGUUCAUCAGAGCUUACUAUGCAACUAGUCUUUCCUAUGAAGGGUUUGCGCCAGUCUGGAUUGAUGGAGCUUUUAGAUUCGGGCUCUUCCUCAUUGCUAUCUUCUGGACUUUAGAUGCCGCUGAUGAUGGAAAUUGGUUCCCUGACUUUUAUGAAGGUGCCUUGAAAGCUAUUCGAGUACCAAUUGCUCAGACAGUUCUUGCCAUGGUUGUGGGUGCUGGGUCUGUUGCGUUCUAUCUUGCACCACCUUGUAUUGCUAUUGGUACCGUUUCGAUCGGUGAUCUUUUACCGGCUGGAGCCCCCAAACAACAAGGUACUCGGGUUAUGAUUCUCGGCUAUGGUAAUAGUCAUGGUGCUCGAUACUUCCUUCUUGUUACCAGUGUGCUUCUAGCAGUACUCAUGGUUCAGAAGCCUGUGGGAUUUGGUGCUCUUUCUCUCAUGUCUCUCCAAAUUCUUUCUCUAGUAGAGUUCCUCGAUCUCAACUCCUUGACCAAUUCUCCUAUUGGACCAAUCAUGCUCGCCAUCCUCGGCUCCUUCCACUUCUUCAAAACUGGUCACCAAGCUACUCUCUCUUCCAUUCAAUGGGAAUCCGCUUUUAUUCCUCUCCACACUAUCCGCUACCCUUGGUCUCCAUUACUCGUCGCUCUCAAUUCAUUCGGUCCUCAAAUCCUUGCCGCAACCGCAGUUCCCCUCAUCGUCUUCUGGAAACAACAACCAAAGAAGAAGGGACUCUUGAAAACAGCCACCGCUGCUUUGGCAUGGCAUAUUCUCUACUAUGCAGUCAUGGCAUUGGCUACUACCAUGUGGGCAGGUUGGUUGAGAAGACAUCUUAUGUUGUAUCGCAUCUUUAGCCCGAAAUUCAUGAUGGCGGGUGCGGUGCUUGGAGUGGCGGAUUUAAUUACUUUGACGGUUGUGUUGGUGGGGAUUAGGUGGAAUGUUGCGGGUGUAUUGAAUGUUUUUGGUUGGCCUUGA